AUGGCAAAAUACCUUAAUAUUCAAGAAUAUCUAAACAACACUUAUAAUAAAAAUACUGAACAAAUAAUAUUUGACAACCCCGCCUUACAACUCUCGGAAAAAGGAGAAUUAGUGAUUAGUGAUUAUCCUAAUUUAGAAGAGAUUUAUGUAACCGGUUCAGAACAUAUUAAGAUUAACAAUAUUACCAAAGUAACCAUUAAUAAUUGUCCUAAAGUAAAAAAGAUAAAUAUUACUACCUUUGUAGAUAAUAAAAGAUUAGAAAUUAAUAAUUGUCCUAAUUUAGAAAUACUUUAUUGUAGAAAUAAUAAUCUAACUAAUUUAGAUUUCUUAAAUAACUUAAAUCCUAAGAAGUUAGAAAGACUUAGUUUAGAUGAUAAUAACUUCCCCAAACAAGAUUUAACUAUUUUUACUAAGUUUAAGGAAUUGAAAAUACUAGCAAUAUCAGGAAUAACUAAAUCUAGUUAUUUUUGUGGUUCUUUAAAACCUUUACAAGAACUGAAAAAAUUAGAAACCCUUAAUAUUAAUGGAACUGAUAUCACUCAUGGUUUAGAAUUCUUACCUUACAAUGUAAAAAAUAUUGAUUGUUCUCCUGUAAGACCAAAUGCUAAAGUAACCGAUAUUCAUGAAGAAUUGCAAUCUUUUGGAGGAGAUAUUAAUAAAUGA